AUGCCAAAAGAACAAAAAUCGAAACGUUUAAAAAAGGAAGCAGUGGCGUUACCACAACCUCCGGAUAAUGUAAUCACGGUGUAUAAAGACGAACUCGAAAAACAUCUUGCACAAAAAUGCAAUUCACGUCCACGACCAAAUCCACCUUAUUUUUCUCUUGAUGUUAAUUGCACAUUAUCCUCUCCAUCUAAGUCUACAAAGGAAGAAACAACCUCACUUUCAGAGUUAUCUAAAGAAAUUUUAGAUUCAUUGAUUAAUAAUGUAAAUUAUUGGUUUCAAACUUUUGUUCCUACAAAUUUUAAGAAAACAGACGAUGAUGAUAA